UGCACACUAUAUGCAUAAUCAACCCCAGAAUCGCGCGUUUGCAGCCAACAAAGGCAAAACGCGCCCUAUUUGGAAAGGUGUUAUGGGCCCCGCGCGUGCGCUUCCGUUCAUAAACGUUUUUCGCCGAAAGUACGGAAACGCAGUUGGUGUUGUCCCUUUUUCCACUAUUUACUUUCCCAUGGCAUACCAAGCUUCUUGGGUGCUCAUUUUAGGCGCAUUAUUUUUUAAUGCUAUGGUGAGCGGACGCUCACUGCAACCACUUGAUGUCAUUUCCAUGCCUCGGCCUGGCAGUGCUUCCGUUUCCCCUAGCGGACAUCUGGCCGUCUAUGCGCAGUCUGUAUACAACGUUGACGAAGAUCAAAGCGCAAGCAACUUGGAGUUAAUUGGACUCGACACAAACAGACGUUCCAAACUGACUUCACCCAAACUUGGCGCUUCGCAAAGCGAACCCUUUUUCCUUGACGAUCAGCACAUUGCUUACUUUGAGCAUCGUGAAAGCGAGGCUGUUAAUCAGCUAUACGUGGUUGACGUCGAAGGUAAAAAGGAAGCUUAUCAGCUGACCAACUUUUCUAUCGACUUUGCCAACGUCAAGUAUAAUGCAAAGAAGCAAGUGCUUGUCUUUUCCGCCUCAGUGUAUCCAGAUGAACCUACUUUGGAUGGUACAAAAGCCAAAGACCAAAAACUGAAGGAAACAAAGAAAGAUUCCGGCGUUGCUUAUGAUCAUUUGAUGGUUCGUCACUGGGAUGAAUUCAGAGCGGAAAAGAAGAGCAACCUUUUCGCAGUUCAGAUGGAUGUCACGGAAGAAGGUCGCUACAAGAUUUCUGAAGAACCACGCAAUCUCUUGGCUGGAAGCGAUUUGGAAUCUCCUAGUCCUCCUUUUGGAGACAAGUCUGAUUAUGACAUCUCACCUGAUGGCGAGGAAUUAGCUUUCCUAUCAAAAAUCCAAACCCCUGACAACGCCUGGCAAACUUCAAAGCACGUCUAUAUUGUCCCACUUACUGGAAACUCGAGACCCAUUGCCUUGAACGCAGAUAUUCCCGCCACUUCUUCCUCUCCUAAAUAUGCUCCUUCUGGAUCUUUGGCUUACCUCCAAAUGCUCACACCUCAAUACGAAUCUGACCGCAACCGUAUCGUGAUAUACGAUCGCAACAUCGGCCAUCGCACAUAUUUGGUCGAAAACUGGGACAGAAGCCCUUCAGAAUUGGCAUUUUCGCCUGAUUCCUCCAAGCUGUAUGUUGUGGCCGAAGAAUACGGACGUGAAAAGAUCUUUGCUAUCGAUAUCGCUACUGAGCAGAUCCAGACUCUCACUGAAGAACACGCUGCAUCUGGAAUUUCUGUGUUGCCUUCUGGAUCUUUGGUGUUCUCUGUCAACUCAAUGAACUUUCCCAACGUCGUGCACACCUUUAACGCAACGUCAGGUUUGGUACAAUCUACUGGUGUUACUGACGACCUGUUUAAUGCUCUGAGCGUACUGGACCUACAAAAACCUGAGGAAUUCGAAUUCACUGGCGCUCUUGGUGACCGUGUGCAUGGUUGGUUGAUCAAGCCACCAAAUUUCGACUCGAAUGCUAAAUAUCCUGUUGCAUUUUUGAUUCACGGUGGUCCUCAGGGUGCUUGGACUGAUAGCUGGUCGACGCGCUGGAACCCACAAGUGUUCGCUGGUGCUGGAUUUGUUACCGUUGCUAUUAACCCUCAUGGAUCCACUGGUUAUGGUCAAAAAUUCUGUGAUUCGAUCCAAUACAAUUGGGGCUCUCACCCUUACCAUGACCUCGAAAAGGGCCUUGAUUAUCUUUUCGAAACCUAUUCAUUCUUGGAUGCCGACCGUUUGGCCGGCUUGGGCGCAUCAUACGGUGGAUAUAUGAUUAACUGGUUAAACUCCCAUAGCAAACGCUUCCGAGCCUUAGUGAACCAUGAUGGCAUGUUUUCCACCGUGAACACCUACUAUACGACUGACGAGCUCUACUUCCCCGAACGAGAGUUCGGUGGAGUUCCUUUCAACCCUCUUCAUCGCGUUAUCUAUGAGCGAUGGUCGCCUUCGAACUAUGUCCAAAAUUGGCGCACUCCUACUCUCGUCAUCCACAGUAAGUUACCUGUGUUUCUUUUCCCCGAUCACAUUAGUUACUAAUGGUGGGUAUCCGUCUAUAUAGGUGGCCGUGACUAUCGACUUGUUGAUGGUGAAGGUCUGGCUACAUUCACUGCUCUUCAGCGCCAAGGUAUUCCUUCUCGUUUGCUAUAUUUCCCGGAUGAGAGUCAUUGGGUGUUGCGCCCAGCCAACUCGAUCCGCUGGCACAAGGAAGUGCUCGACUGGAUCAUUGAAUGGACAAAGGAGACGAAAGAGACGACACCAUUCAAUUAUCAAAAGCCAGGAAUGUAUCUGUAGAAGACAAUUGCUAUUUCAGUUCUAAAUCAUCUUUCUUUUUCCCCUUGUGCUCAUAUUCGCACUGUGUAAAUAAAGGUGCUCGCAUCAAACAAUGCAUAACAAAUGAAGUAUAUCAAAGACAGGCAACUAUAAUGUACGCUUGACUUUUCCAGGAACAAUGAG